UAUCCCAUUUCUUUUGUAGCUGAUCACCAAUGGCGGACGCAGCACCAGCCGGUGGACGUGGGGGAUUUAGGGGAGGAUUUGGGUCUGGCGAACGUGGCAGGGGCCGCGGUCGUGGACGUGGGCGUGGUAGAGGAAGGGGACGUGGACGUGGGGCAAAGGAGGAAAAGGAAUGGAUGCCUGUAACUAAACUAGGACGUCUAGUGAAGGAUCUGAAGAUAAAAUCUCUGGAGGAGAUUUAUCUGUUUUCCUUGCCUAUCAAGGAGUUUGAAAUCAUCGAUUUCUUCCUUGGGGCUGCCCUGAAGGAUGAAGUCCUCAAGAUCAUGCCUGUCCAGAAGCAGACCAGAGCUGGUCAGAGAACCAGAUUUAAGGCCUUUGUUGCCAUUGGAGACCACAAUGGACAUGUUGGUUUGGGAGUGAAGUGCUCAAAGGAAGUGGCCACUGCUAUCCGAGGGGCUAUUGUUCUAGCCAAGCUUUCCGUUAUCCCCGUACGCAGAGGCUAUUGGGGUAACAAGAUCGGAAAACCACAUACAGUACCGUGCAAGGUGACUGGUAAGUGUGGCAGUGUCACAGUGAGACUGAUCCCAGCUCCCCGUGGUACAGGCAUCGUAAGCGCACCUGUCCCCAGGAAAUUGUUGAACAUGGCGGGUAUUGAGGAUUGUUACACCAGUGCUAGAGGCUGCACAGCAACACUGGGAAACUUUGCCAAGGCUACAUACGCUGCCAUUGCGAACACCUAUGCCUACUUGACCCCUGACCUGUGGAAGGAAACGGUGUUCACCAAAUCUCCAUACCAGGAGUUCACGGAUUACCUGUCGAAAGUGCAUACAACAGGUUCGUCUGUUCAGCGUCAGGAACAGAAGAUUUACUGAUUCAGGGACCCGCUCCAGCAUGCCACAGCUUCUCAAGUUUUACAUUGUGUAAUGUCUGAAUAAACUGAGACUUGGCAUUGAU